UCACCAUCGAAUUAUGCGUAAAAGAAUUCAAAAUAAACUUAAUUUUGUUUUAUAGAAUUGAAAUGAAUAUCGUCCGGACCUUGGCGAAAGUGUCAUCAGUUGGAGGGAGAGUUGGAUUGAGAAAUGCCGCAGCUGCUGCAGCAUCAGCACCCAAAUCAGAUAAAAUUCAGUCAAAAUCAGCGGCAUCUGGUCAAGUUGUUGCUGUCAUUGGAGCUGUUGUUGACGUCCAAUUUGACGAUGAAUUGCCCCCAAUUUUGAAUGCACUAGAAGUUCAAGGUCAUGAAUCCCGAUUGGUUCUUGAGGUUGCUCAACAUCUUGGUGAAAAUACAGUGCGAACAAUUGCAAUGGACGGUACCGAAGGAUUAGUCAGAGGGCAAAAGGUAGUUGAUGUUGGGGCACCCAUUACAAUUCCAGUUGGACCAGAGACAUUAGGAAGAAUUAUUAACGUCAUUGGAGAACCCAUCGAUGAACGUGGACCACUGAAUGCUAAGAAACACCUGCCAAUUCACCAAGACGCACCGCCAUUUGUUGAAAUGAGCGUGGAACAGGAAAUCCUUGAAACCGGAAUUAAAGUGGUCGAUCUCCUUGCGCCCUACUCGAAAGGUGGAAAAAUUGGUCUUUUCGGAGGUGCUGGUGUCGGUAAGACUGUGCUUAUCAUGGAACUGAUUAACAAUGUAGCCAAAGCGCACGGAGGAUACUCAGUGUUUGCGGGCGUGGGAGAGCGAACAAGAGAGGGAAAUGAUCUAUACCACGAGAUGAUCACAGGAGGAGUCAUCUCCCUGAAGGACAAAUCGUCAAAGGUAGCGCUGGUGUACGGACAGAUGAAUGAGCCCCCAGGAGCACGAGCUCGAGUAGCUUUGACUGGACUGACAGUUGCGGAGUACUUCCGAGACUACGAGGGACAGGACGUGCUGCUGUUCGUUGACAACAUUUUCAGAUUCACCCAGGCUGGUUCUGAGGUGUCUGCCCUGUUGGGUCGAAUUCCGUCUGCUGUGGGGUACCAGCCGACUCUCGCCACUGAUAUGGGUACUAUGCAGGAGCGAAUCACAACCACAAAGAAGGGAUCAAUCACAUCAGUACAGGCUAUCUUCGUGCCAGCCGAUGAUUUGACAGAUCCGGCGCCUGCCACCGCGUUUGCCCAUCUGGAUGCCACCACUGUGUUGGACAGAAGUGUCGCUGAGUUGGGAAUCUACCCAGCCGUGAAUGCAUUGGACUCCACUUCGCGUAUUAUGGAUGUGAAUGUGGUCGGAGAGGAGCACUAUAACACUGCUCGAGGAGUACAGAAGCUGCUGCAGGACUACAAAUCUCUGCAAGACAUCAUCGCCAUCCUGGGAAUGGACGAGUUGAGCGAGGAGGACAAACUGACUGUGUCCAGAGCUAGGAAGGCACAGAAGUUCCUCUCACAGCCGUUCCAGGUGGCAGAGGUUUUCACGGGCAUCGAGGGCAGAUACGUGCACCUGAAGGACGCCAUCAAAGGCUUCCAGGACAUUCUCAGCGGCGAGAUGGACCAGUACCCCGAGGUGGCCUUCUAUAUGGUAGGCGACAUCGAGGAGGUGAAGACAAAGGCAGAGAAGCUGGCGGCUGAGAUGUAGUGUGAAUGAUAGGACAAACAAAACAUAUAUUGAGGACAGCAACACUUACCAUGAAAGAACAAAUGCCAACUAGUCAGAGGGACGAUCAUUCUUCCUACCUAUGCACAUACGUCACAGCAAGCAAACAGCUACCCUUAAACGGUCCCCUUAAACUGAAUAUAUCAAUUGAACGUUUGAAACUGAACAACCAACUAAUAAUGAACUGUAAAGACGAUCCUCUAUAGUAAUUGGACCACUAAUGUGAUUAAAGUUGAUGUCAAGUGAGCUAAACAUAACCUAAAGUUUACACGACGUUACUUGAACUUAAAGGUUUACAGAAUUAAUUUUUCACUGAA